AUGGCAAAUAACAACUUACAUGGCGAUAUUCAAGAUCUAAACCUUGGCCCAGAAUUUCAAAACUGCAAAUGCUUAAACUUGUGUGAAUUACAACUAAUUUUGGGCGAUCAAUUAAGGCUGACUUCAAAAAGAAAUGAAGAUGCUCAAGCACUUAUAAGAUCUUCAUUUGAUUAUGCAAACAGAUUUGCAACAAUAAAAAAUAGAAGUUCAAUAGUUGAUAUUAGAACAAACUUAGAAAGAAUAGGAGAAUUAUAUGAAUAUGAAAUAGCUAUGUUAGUAAACCUAUUACCUAAGACAAUAUUAGAGGCACGAUAUUUUAUUCCAUCCUUAAUUAGGCUAAAUGAAGAAACAUUGAAUUCAAUAUUAGAGCAUCUCAUAAGUUACAAAAUGUAUGUAUCAUAA